UUUCGAGAGUUGAGUUUAUACGGAGACGAUCAUGUAAUUUGUGUAAUUGAGGAUCCAAUGAACAAGAAUAAGAUCAUUGCAACUGGGAGUGUGUUCAUCGAGAGAAAGUUCAUUCGAAAUUGUGGAAAAGUUGCGCAUAUUGAAGAUAUCGUUGUCGAUUCCGCCGCUCGAGGGAUGAAUCUUGGGAAGAAGAUCGUAGGUUUCCUCACUGAUCAUGCUCAAUCGACUGGCUGUUAUAAGGUGAUUCUCGAUUGUAGCUUGGAGAACAAAACGUUUUAUGAAAAGUGUGGUUUCAAGCAAAAGGAAAUCCAGAUGGUUAGAUAUUUCAUUUGAUUUCAGUUUUCA